AUGUCGUACACUUCGCGUCGGCAUUCUUCCGGCCCGCGACCUCUCCAGCUUGUCGAUGGCAACGUCCAACCUGCAGCCGUAGGAACCCCGUCCACAUCUUCCUGUCCCUCUCCAACCAUCUCGGGACUGUCCACCCCUCCUCCCACGUCCCGAAACUUCAAAUCGCGUCGUCAAUCCUCGAUUUCGUACUAUCCCAGUAACAACGCGCCGACAUGGGAUAGCCGCUCGCAGACAAGUGCUGCGGCCCUUCCCUCGUUAACGCGUAGUCUGUCCUUGGGGCACAAAGCCCACAAUCCUGCGGCGAAGGGAGAUAGACGAAGUGUUGGAUCGGCAGACUUGCAGUCUCCACGGGUAGAGCGGGCACCGCUGACCCUUACCGAGAAGCAUGCAGAUCUUUUGCAGUUCAUUGCACAGAAAGAGUCCAAGUGCCUUGAGCUGCGAUCACAACUUGCUAUACAUGAAGCAGAGCUUGCGGAGCUCAAGCGCAAAUGGGAACGUAUCGUGAGCCGGGGGAUGGACCGUGCGUAUUCGAAUUCACCUAGCUCUUCGUCUCCCAUAUCCGGGGCCCUCUCUCCGUCUGCGAACGGCGCAGUUCUAGAGAACAUCCGAGAGGGUGUCCAAGGCGUUGGCCGGCUGCUGGUAUCCGGCUUGGGGGACCUUUCAUCUCCCGCAUCUCCCUCACCUACGAUGCCGGUGCAAUCCAUGUCCGGGCUUGCGACGAUAUCUCGAGCAUCCAUUGCGCCUGCAAUGAAGCGCGCAAGGAGCCACGCAAAUACGCAGAGUACUUCGUCGGUAUCGACUUCGGGCACGACUUCGACGCACUCAACGAGUGUGCGGCUUUCGCAGUCGUCCAUCUCGUCAUUUGCAUUCGACGAGCCACUCCAUGAGCUAGAUGAGAAAGCAACAGCGCACCGGGAAGUUCCUGCACGCAGCAGCAUCGAAAUAUCUCCGUCAAGAGCAUCGGAAGCUGCGAAGCUCCAUCGACGCAGGUCGCGCGACCAUACACUUAUACUCCAGGAUUCGUGUCAACUUGACUCGCCCCCUUUGAAUGGUGUUAUGUCGCCGAAGAUACCGACGAGCGGCAGCCGAUCGAAACGCGCUAGUCUCAACUUAUCCUCGGGGCUUCCGCCAGCAGCAAUUCCGGGAAUGAGCACGCUUGCCGUCGAACCACUCUCUGCGUGGGUAGAGACCGUUGGCAGCAGCAUGGGUCGCAAGUGGGAGGAGCUGCAGAAAGGCCAGACUUUUACGAAGAGCCAGAAGCGCGCCUCAAUGUUGCUGUCCGAUGUCUCACAGUCGUUCUUCUCCGCGCUUGCUUCGCCAGCUCCGUCCUCAACAAUGUCGGUGUCGGUCUCAACCAACCCAUUUGGUGCGGCGCUUUCGCCGCUGUCAGCCCCUCCCUAUGACCGUUCUCCUCAAGCAUCGGCGUCGACGGCAGCAUCGUCGCUGCUAGAAGACGAAGACGAACUCCAGGGCCUCGGAAACGUCAUGGUGCCCGACAGCAGAGCCCCAGCGAGCCCCGGCGUGUCGAAGCCUGCAAACGCGCAGGCGCAGAGCGACGAUGAGUGGAACUGGUGA